UUUAUCAAACGGCAUUUGUGUGGCCUCGGCUCAGCUCCAUAUCUAUCGCUCACUCUCUCUCUCCAAAUUAUCUUUUCGCCUCCUUCUUCGUUUCAAUCCCUCGCUUAUUUGUCCGGAAAAAAGUUUCGCUUACACACGGAACGCUCUUCUAAUCCCUCGCUAAUUUGGCCCAUGAAGCUCUGAGCAAUGAGCCUUUGAUUGGCUCGGUUUCAUAUUUGUGAAUUCUUGGUGAGGUUUUCUUGUGUGCGUCUUGUGGGUUGUUUAAUGCUGAGCUUGAUUCAAUGAGAUUGCUCUGUUCACUUGCAAAUGGCCUCUGCUUCCUCCAUGUCAGUUUCGUUAGAAUGCGUUAACGCGUGUAAAUCACCAAAUUGGCAUGGGAGUGGAAGAUAUGAUUGUAACGUUCUAUCGUGCGCCUGGAAAGCGCCCAGGAUCUUGACCGGGUUCCUUGCGAGCACAGCUCACCCACCUCAGUGUUCCUCGCCGUCUUACGGACGAAAUGGAAGAAGAUGCCGGAGUAAUUCUAGAUGCGAAGCCUUCGAUGAAAGAGGUUGGUAUUCUGGUGAAAGUUCCGACUUUGAUAUUUUUGGAAGACACUUCAAACCAAGCUUGCCUCAUGUUGCUUGUAAAAGAUGGCAAAUGUGCUGUUCUUCAGCCUUCUCUAUGGGUGCAUUCGAUGAGGUUUCUCCUGAAAGGUUAUGGGAGGAUCUUAAGCCCACUAUUUCAUACCUUCCACCUAAAGGACUAGAGUUGGUCCUUAAAGCUCUUAAGCUGGCUUUUGAGGCCCAUGAUGGCCAAAGAAGACGAAGUGGAGAGCCCUUCAUCAUUCAUCCAGUUGAAGUUGCCCGUAUACUAGGCCAACUUGAAUUGGAUUGGGAGUCCAUUGCUGCCGGAUUACUGCAUGACACUGUUGAGGAUACAAAUGUCGUUACUUUUGAAAGAAUAGAGGAGGAGUUUGGUGCUACUGUGCGCCGUAUUGUAGAAGGAGAGACUAAGGUAUCUAAAUUGGGAAAACUAAACUGUAAGAAUAAAACUGAUUCAGUACAAGAUGUAAAAGCUGAUGACCUGCGUCAGAUGUUUCUUGCCAUGACAGAGGAGGUUCGGGUUAUCAUUGUCAAACUAGCUGACAGAUUACAUAACAUGCGAACUCUUUCUUACAUGCCCCCACAUAAGCAGUCUAGCAUAGCAAUGGAGACGUUGCAGGUGUUUGCUCCUCUAGCAAAGUUGCUGGGCAUGUACCAAAUUAAGUCGGAGCUUGAAAACCUAUCCUUCAUGUACACAAAUGCUGAAGAUUAUGCUAAAGUUAAGAGAAGAGUUGCAGACUUCUAUAAAGAACAUGAGAAAGAACUUGUGGAGGCAAACAAAAUUUUGAUGAAGAAGAUUGAGGAUGAUCAGUUCUUAGACCUUAUGACUGUGAAAACUGAAGUUCGAGCUGUAUGUAAAGAGCCGUACAGUAUCUAUAGGGCUUUCCUCAAAUCUAAAGGCUGUAUAAAUGAGCUUAACCAAAUUGCUCAGCUUCGUAUUAUUGUAAAACCAAAGCAAUGUGUUGGAGUUGGGCCUUUAUGCAGUCCAGAGCAGAUUUGCUACCAUGUUCUUGGUCUGGUUCAUGGAAUCUGGACCCCUAUUCCUCGAGCUGUCAAAGACUAUAUAGCAACCCCAAAGCCUAAUGGCUAUCAAAGUCUCCACACAAUGGUGAUUCCAUUUCUGUAUGAGAGCAUGUUUAGGCUAGAAGUUCAGAUAAGAACUGAAGAGAUGGACCUUAUAGCUGACAGAGGCAUUGCUGCUCAUUAUAGUGGGAGACUAUUUGCAACUGGUUUAGCAGGAGAUACGAUGCCAAAUGGUAGAAGUUCAAGAGGAAAUACUGUCUGUCUCAGCAAUGCAAACAUUGCACUCCGGAUUGGUUGGCUCAAUGCAAUCAGAGAAUGGCAAGAGGAGUUUGUUGGCAACAUGAGCUCUAGGGAAUUUGUAGACACUAUCACUAGAGAUCUAUUGGGUAGCCGCGUCUUUGUGUUUACACCAAGGGGAGAGAUAAAGAACCUCCCUAAGGGGGCAACCGUUAUUGACUAUGCUUAUAUGAUACACACUGAAAUUGGUAACAAGAUGGUUGCUGCAAAGGUUAACGGGAAUCUCGUUUCUCCUAUGCAUGUUCUUGCAAAUGCAGAAGUUGUGGAGAUAGUCACCUACAAUGCUCUCUCAAGCAAAUCAGCUUUCCAGAGGCAUAAGCAAUGGUUGCAGCAUGCUAAAACACGAAGUGCCAGACACAAAAUCAUCAAAUUUCUAAGAGAGCAAGCCACACUAUCUGCUGCUGAAAUAACAGCAGAUACAGUAACGGAUUUCAUUACUGAUUCUGAAGAGGAGAUUGAAGCAGAAGAGCUUCCAGAUCCUUCCAAGAGAAGACCUAAUAAAUGGGCGAAGAUCCUUAUGAAUGUUGGGGAAAUGUUGUCCCCAGAAAAUGGACGUAUUCAGGUCCCCAAGAUCAAUGGAAAGCAUAGUAAGCACGUGCAACAUGUAAGUUUGAAGGCUGAAGGGGAAUUCUUAUCACAAGGAAAUGGUGUUGCCAAAAUGAUACAAGCUAACAUUCCAAUGUACAAAGAAGUCUUGCCCAGUUUGGAAAGUUGGCAAGCCAGCAAGAUUGCAUCUUGGCACAAUCUUGAAGGGCACUCCAUCCAAUGGUUUUGUGUGGUGUGCAUAGAUCGAAGAGGCAUGAUGGCUAAUGUCACAACUGCAUUGGCUGCUGCAGGAAUUGCUAUAUGUUCUUGCGUCGCUGAGAUUGAUGGAGGGAGGGGAAUGGCUGUCAUGUUAUUUCAUGUUGAAGGAAACUUGGAAUGUUUGGUUAAUGCUAGCUCAAGUAUAGAUCUAAUCCUUGGUGUUUUGGGAUGGUCUAUGGGUUGCAGUUGGCCAAGCUCAACAGAGACCCGCCAAUUCCUUGAAUGUUGAACAAUAAGCAGAGUCAAUGAUUACAACAAGUUCGCCCAGCCGCAUAGCCUGGGUAUGAAGUUUUUGUCCACAGAAAAUUCUAAUUCGGGGGUGUGUUAUAUCCUAGAUUUUGGGUAUUUUGUUAGUUCUCAUCUAUUGUUUGGACACUCAUUACCAAAUAAACCAAGCUGCAGCCAAAGAGCUUAGUCUGUGGAUUGAGGGCACUGUAUAUAGAAACAAGAGUGAUAGGGUAAGUGGUAUACGCUUUGUAAAGAUAAUUGAGAGGACAGAGUAGCAAAACAAUUAUAGUAAGGGUCGUAAGGAAUUCUUGCUUUAUAAAUUCUUUUUCCUCGAUCAA